AUGACAAAAGAAAAAAAGUCAAAGUCAGCAAAGGCCAAAAAAAGCAAAAAUAAGUCAAAAUCGAAGCGUUCAGAAGUUUCUGACGAUGCACUGGAAGGAAGUGAAUUCGACAUAGAGAUGCGGGAUGCAGUUGUGGAUCAUUAUGAUUAUGAACAGGAUACUGUAAAUGAUAUUAAUGAUUCCACACUAAAUAUUAACGUUGGAGAGACUGGCAAUACGAAAAUAGACACAUCUAAAUCUUCGACAACUAACUCAAACAAGAUGGUCUUGAAGCUAAAAUUCAACUUAGACUCACCACCCCCUACUACGAAAAAGCAUAAGCACAAACACAAGCAUCAUAGGGAACAAGCUGAAAGUUCUUCACAUUCACACAAAAAAGCUACCGGCAAACGUACGACGCGCGAUUCUUCAAAUGAUGAGUCUGAUAAAAAUGUCGAUCUAUUCAAGGAAGACGAUAACAAAUCUUCUCAUGUACGAAAAAAGGCUAAACGCCAUCACAUUGAUGAGAAAAUUGAGAUUAAUGGGGAAAAUAGAAAUAUAGAAAAAUGUAGCGAUAGUGUCAAGCGACAUGUAGAUGAUAAAUCCAAAAAGACAGAGAAAAGGUCGACGAAUAAAGCUAACAUGAAUAAGUCAUAUACUGAUAAUAUCGAUCAUGGCUUAAUCGGAGACACUGUUGGAAAGCGUCUGACAGAUGUUGAUUAUAUGUCAGCUUGUGAUAAGAAAGGAAAGACUAUAAAAGGUGUUGUUAAAAAGGUCAAAGUCGAGAAGAGCCAAACAUUAAAUGAUAUUAAAAGCAAGGAAAUAUUUCAAUAUAGUAAUAAUGGUGAGAAAUUAAUUAAUUAUGAGAGCGCGAACCCUGUAAAAAGUGAAAUAGACGGAGAAUUUAUUUUAGGCGAUGAGGUCAUAAAAGGAAUCAAUCAUGAUUCGAAAGAAUUAUUAAUGCUUGAACUUGCAACCAACACAUCCACAUAUUCGCUCCGUGAAAAACGGUCAUACCCACCAGUUACGGAAGAUACAAAAACAAAAGCCGAUGAACGCAGUUCAUCAAAAGCAGUUAAAAAUACAAAAGUAUUUUGCCAAUCUAAGUGUGAAACUUCUACAGAAAUUGUUUCGGACACAACAAAUGUAGCUCCAUCCAUUUCGAACGAAACCCAAUCAUCAAUACCAUCCCUACAGGAAACAACCAAAACGAUUACAUCAGGUCCAAGCGAUGUACAGAGCAGAAUUAUAAGUUCUGACAUUGCCACAAAAGAAGAUACAGUUAUGUCAACAUCUGUUGGCAAAAAAGGGCCAACACGCAAGCUUGGAAGACCUCCAAAAUUACAAGAACCACAACAAACACUUUAUUAUAAAAGUGCGGACAAGUUAUGGCAAUUUGGUGAAAAAGCAAUAGAACGUGAAAGAGAUAGCAUUCUUUUAGAAGAGGAGAGAAUGAAAGCAAUGGUAAUUAGUGCAGGGACAGAGAUCGGACCUCGUGGAAAUAAACCUAGGGAAGCACGUAAACAAUUUGCUCCCGACGGUUCACUCAUACAUAAUGAUCCAUUUACCUUAAUUCCACAACCACCGCCCUUUGGCGAGACACCACUCCUUACAGUUAUAUCAUCUAAAACUCAACAUUAUGGUCCGUUUGCAACAUUGGGGGUUGAUCCACCUUUUUUCACGCCAGCAGAUAAAGAAUACAUUUACAAUAUGUUUGGAGAUGAGAAGGGCUAUGCAUACGCAAAGAGCCUUAAAGCAUUUGUGGCGGAUAUGGGCGAAGACAUGAAUGUGCACGUGGAUAAAAUAAUAGAUAAUUUAACUUUUGGUGUUCAUAGCCUUGAUCGACAAGUGUCGCAUAUAUUGUCUAAUUUAGAUCCCAACAGGCCCAUUGAUACUUCGGUUAUUAUUCAAACCGAACUUGGACCUGUGAAUGUGGGUGAAGAAAUUGAACGAAAUAGGCAACUUUCAGAGAUCAAGAAGCAACAAACUGAACUAGAUGUGUGGCAAAAAGAUAAGAUUGAUUUAGACUUUUUGGUCAGUGAUCAAGAAAUAAUAGCUAUGACGAAAUCGAUGGGGAGUGAUCAGCAAAGUUUUCAAAAAAUGUUAGAACUCAAUGCUCAGAAUUUAAGUGAAUUAAUCAAGGCUAAGCAAGGUGUUGGUAAUUUGGAGUCACAACAAAAAGAAAAACAACUUUGUAUGUGA